AUGAAUCUCACACGUCCCGUUGAGAGCAUCUUUGGCGAUCCACCGCCGGAUCUCGACCUCUCCGACAGCAAUGUGGCCAGGAACAACGGGGUCGCGAGUACAUUAACGGUCGCGGCGACUUUGAUAGUAGCCCUGCGUAUGUACACCAGGGUCAAGAUCCAGAAGUUGCCAUGUGGACCAGACGACUGGCUGAUUGUCGUAUCGUUGGUGCCGGCGUAUGGGAGCCUUGCCUGCACGAUCAUCGGAGCCAAAUACGGUCUGGGCACACACGUCUGGGCCGUUGCGGAGGAAAACCUCGUCCCCAUGCGCCAGCUCCUCUACUCCUACGGCCUCGUCUACCUCCUCUCCAUGCCGCCGAUAAAAUUCUCCAUCCUCGCCUUCUACCGCCGCAUCUUCGCCGCCGCCGUCCCGCGGACCCUGUACCUCUGCGCCUUCCUCACCCUCGCCCACUACAUCGGCUGCACCGUCGCGUACAUCUCCUGCUGCCAGCCCCCCUCCUUCUUCUGGACCGCCUUCCAAGACCCAACAACAGGCCGCUGCGCCUGCGCCAUGGACGCCCUGCAACUCGCAUCGGAGGCAACAAAUAUGCUGACCGACGUGCUGAUCCUCUCGGUCCCAAUCCCGCCAGUCCUUCGUCUCCAGAUGCGCACCGCGCAGAAGGUCCUCGUGCUAGGCAUCUUCCUAGUGGGAGCGUUGUGCGUUCUCCCCCCUACCCACCUCACCAUACCAAUCUAA